AUGAAAUCUGAUAUUCUUAAUAAUUUAUUAAUCAUGACAAGAUCUCACAGCACUCUUGACAGCUAUGUUAUUAUUAAAACCCUUGGUAAAGGUGCAACUUCGAAAGUAAAGCUUGCCCAAGAUAAAAACACUCAGGAAUUUUUCGCAGUAAAAAUAUUUAAUCCGCCAACUGAGAUAAAUAUCGAAAGAUAUCAAGAUUCAAUUGCUAAUGAAAUUAGAAGCUUAAAACUGAUUUCGCAUCCUGGUAUAAUAAAGUGUUUCGGGUUUAGCGAGAAUGGAAUUUAUAUUCAAAAAAGAACAGGAAAGCUGAAGAAAUGCACAUAUCUCGUUAUGGAGGUUUGCCCUAACGGCUCACUCUAUGAUAUUAUAUUUUAUACUGGGAUUUUAAAUGAGAGAGUAUCCAGGUAUUUAUUCCACCAAUUAGUUGAAGCUAUAGAAUGCUGCCACAUUAACGGAAUUUCUCAUAGAGAUUUAAAGCCCCAGAAUAUUUUAUUUGAUGAAAAUUAUAAUUUGAAACUGUCAGAUUUCGGGUUAUCAAUAAGUUUGCUUGGAAGAGAUGGGUCUGGAUAUUUAGGAAGCACAGUAGGAACUGAAAAUUAUAUGGCUCCUGAAAUACACAUGAGACUCGCUUAUGUGGGGGCGCACAUUGAUAUUUUUUCUUUAGGCGUCAUUUUAUUUAUCAUUUGCUCUUAUAACCCUCCUUUCACGGUUGGCUAUUUGACAGACCCUUGCUAUAAUAUGCUGAUAAGCAAUGAAAACGUGUUUUGAGAUUUGCACUCAAGAAACAAAUCAGCUGGAUUUUUUUCACCUGAGUUUAAAUCACUAAUUAAAGGUAUGCUCGCAUUUGACCCAAAGAAGAGAUACACUAUUGAUGAUAUCAAAAGUGAUAAUUGGUAUAAUGGGCCUAUUGCUACUGAUGAAGAAGUAAACAGAGAAUUAAUGUCUAGGUGUCAAGCUGUUAGAGGUAUGGUUGAACAAAUUAAGGAGCAAGGUACGAAUCCCAGCAGAAGAUCGACCGAGGCUUCUUCCAGAAUUUAUAGAGGAGAUUCAUCUUUGCCUGAUUUUAAAUCAAGAUCUCUAUCUCUCGCUAUUGACGAUCUUACAAUAAGUGUUCUUCCAGAAAAUUAUACUUUUGUUAGAAAAUUUUCUCAGCUUGCCACAGAUUUGAAGCCAGCCGAGCUUAUUAGCUUGACUGUUCAAGAAAUCGAAAAAAAUGAUGGGCAAUUUGAAAUUUCACCAGAAUUUUAUGAGCUUAAGGCUACAAUUUUCCUAGAAGAAAAUGAGUUGAGUUUUAAGGCUACAAUUUAUCAAAUAGAAGCCGAUAUCUAUCUACUUGAUUUGACAUGCAAAAGUAGUGACCAAUGGAUUUUUAUUGAUUUCGUGAAGAGACUUUUCGAAUCAAUAAAAGAAUUUCAAAAUUCUCUUGAGGAAUCAAAUCCACAAAAUCAGACUGUUGCCCAAUCCAAUUAA